AUGUCGUCGGAUGCAAGAGACGGCUGGGCGGCCCGUCGAGCGAAUCUAUGCGAGGAUACCGAAACGGGACAUCCAACCUGGGACAACUGGUCGACAUGCUGCCCGGCCGGAACGUCGUUCUUUACGGACAAUGAUAACAAUACAGGAUGCAGGAUUGAGAAAACGACCACAAAAAUCCCAAAACAAUGCGCCGAUCCAGCCUUGAUCCUCUACUCGGAUGAUUAUGGAUACUUUUGCUGCGCCUCAGGUUUGAUAGGAUUCAAUAAUAAGGAAGGUUACAAAGGUUGUGCGACACUGGAUGAAUAUAAUAAAGGUCAUGAUGAGGGUACCAUGACGAGGGUGAUCCAGGAGGGUAAAUUGACAGCGUCGACUACUUCGGCAGCCUCUUCAACAUCCUCACAAACCUCGAUAUCCACCACAACCUCCGAACCUUCCUCGACUUCAGCAGGUUCUGAGUCAUCGCUGCCUCAGGGUUCGUCCACAAAUGCAGGUGCAAUUGCGGGUGGUGUGGUCGGAGGAGUAUGCGGCGCACUGUUAAUCGUGGGACUAAUAUGGUUUUUCCUUCGUCGUCGUCGCCGCCGCCGUCAUUCCUCACCAGCAGCACAGCCUGACUACACUAAUGCGAGCUACAACCCACUUGCCCUUUAUGCCCAACCAAAAGGGUAUUCCAAUAAUCCAUCUGCAGCAAACUAUAGUGGUACCUCGGCGGAAUUGCAUAAUAACCCUACCCGGCCAGAGCUACUGGGCAGUACGCGACCAGGACAUGAGCUACCUGGAAACAGCCCAGGAGCCGAACAACGAUCGCCUUCUGAGCUAUACUAG